AACAACAGGAAUGUAACCAUGCUCUCCACAAUUCACACCAGCGAAAUGGUUACAGUCUUGAUUGAGAGUGGGUGUGAAUGCACCAAGCCCAAGGUAAUAGUGGACUACAACUCUGGUAUGAAGGGGUCAGAUUUGAGCAACCAUCUGGUUCAAUCCCACCCAGCAUUUUGUAAGUACAUCAAGUGGUACAAGAAGGUACUCUUCUACCUUCUGGACAUGGUAGUGGUCAAUGCCUUCCUGGUGCCCAAAGCACUUGGAGGGCAUAUGGCUCAACUGGAGUUCCGGGAAGAACUAGCUCAUGAGCACCGACUUGAAUACUGACGCACAACUUUGGGAUACCAGAGCCGUUCCACCCCCACUUUUGAGAGCCGUCUCCAAAGGGCAACAAAACACACCCAGAUAAGAACUCCAGGCAAUAAAUAUCGUCGAUGUUGUGUGUGUUACUCACAUGGUAUAAGGAAAGAAACAAGGAUACUGUGCUCAUUAUGUAUGGUUGCACUGUGUCAGUAUGAGUGCUUUGACUUGUACCACAGUAAGAAGAAAUACUGAGUACAUGUCCAUGUCACUAUUAGUGUACCAUAUUGUAAAUACUUUUAGAAAUCUAUAUACUUUUAGAUAAAUAAAGUUUGAAUAAAAAAAUUCUUUCUAUACCAGUAUCAGCACAUAUAAUCAGAAAAAAUUAAAUUGGUAAACAUA